AUGGUUUGGGGUGGUACACUAGUGACCGAGCAGGCCAUGGACUGGGGUGUGAGUGUAACACAUUCGGCCACAAGUAUGAAUUAUGGGAUUCUGCUCCAAGGCUUCGGGGGCAUUUUCGCUGUUCCCUUGAUUGAAGCAUAUGGCCGAUUACCGGUAUGGCUUUGGCCCCAAGUGAUCACCAUGCUCAUGGUGCUGGGCGCGACGCUCUCCAAUGACUGGUCAACAUUUACGACUUUUCGCUCCUUGCAGGGCCUGUUCGGGACCGUCCCGCAGGUGAUUGGGCUUCCUAUCAUUCAUGAUAUGUAUUCUGCUGAGGCUACAUACAGGGGAACCACCUUCCUUGUUGGUCCUUUCCUCGGUCCUGCGAUCGCAGGAUACAUCGGGGCUGCAACAAACUGGCGCACAUCCUUUGGGGUCUUGACAGCUAUAUACGGCCUGUCCACGGCUAUGGUAGUUGCAUUCGGCUAUGAGACUUUUCACAUCCCUGGAGGAAAGACGGGUUCUUCGCGACUUGCUUCAUACUUUGGAAUUGGCAAUACAAAUCUCCCCAAGAGAUCAACAUUGCUCUACUGGUGCCGGAAGGUUGUUUUCUAUGUGUUCAAGUUUCCAUUGCUGAUGACUGGUAUGACGAUCCUGGUGACAUUCACAUGGCCAAUUGGAAUCACAACCACGAUCGACACCUUCCUACACAGCCCACCGUAUCUGUUCAAUACAAUUGAAGCCUCAUCAAUGCGGUUCGCGGGCGUGAUUGGCGCUCUAUGUGGUAUGUCCCAUCCUCAAGACCCUCAUUUUCCCAUUCUCACAAAUCCAGGCUGGGCCUUCGGUCACUUCUUCAACAAUUGGAUCUUCCAGCGCCAUGUCUCAGUCUGGCGAACCGAACUUCGACUUCACGGGGUGUGGUUCCCGAUCGGUAGUAUGGCCUGCGGCUUGCUUACUUACGGACUCACAAUGCACUUUGGUAAACACUGGAUCGGCCUUGCUUUUGGAUGGGUAAUGGUGAAUAUCGGCAUGGUUGCGACAAUUGUCGCUAUCUCCGCAUACGCGUUAGAGAAGUACCCCCAGAAAGCGACCUGCGUUUCUGCAAUCUUGAAUAUGUGGCGCACCUGCGGUGGGUUCGCUGUUGGAUAUUUCCAACCGGCGUGGAUUGUGCGUAAUGGAUUGGGCCUGGUUUUUGGCAUCCAAGCUGCAAUUGUGAUUGUUGCUGCUAUUUUGACUAUCUCUCCAGUGUUUAUCUGGGAGCGAAGAAGGCGUUCACAGCGUGAAGCUGGGGAUGUUUGA